UGAAAUCCUCUGCACACGUGCUCCUCUUUCAGAUAAGGAGAAGACAGGCCGGGAGAAUCGCCAGCUACGUUGCUCCGUCUGAUUUUGAUGAAAAAUGUCUUCAGUGCGGGUAGCGGUGCGAGUGCGUCCACUGAACACAAGAGAAAAGCAGUUGUCAUCUAAGGUGAUCAUUCACAUGAAGGGGAACACUACAUCUAUUCACAAGCCUUCACCUGUUCGACUUGACAAGCUGAAGGACAGAGGGAAAACCUUCUCUUACGACUUCUCAUUCGACUCGACCGACGGAGAAAGCCCCACAUUUGCAUCUCAGGAGAAGAUUUUUCAAGACUUGGGCACCGAUGUCCUGAAAGCUGCGUUCAAGGGUUUCAACACCUGUGUGUUCGCCUACGGGCAGACAGGCUCUGGGAAAUCUUACACCAUGAUGGGUCGAAAAGAUGAUAAAGGUUUAAUCCCCCGGAUCUGCGAAGGCUUGUUCUUUGAGAUCUCUCGCAGAGCCCAGUGUGACGCCGUGUCAUUUCAUACAGAGGUCAGCUACUUGGAGAUCUAUAAUGAACGUGUGCUGGACCUUCUCCGGAAGAGAACGGCACCCGCCGAUGGGGGAGGCCUGAGAGUGAGGGAGCACCCCAGUGACGGACCCUAUGUAGAGAAUCUGUCCAAGCACUCCGUUGACGGCCACGGUGACAUGGAGCAACUCAUCGCCCUCGGCAAUGGCAACCGCACCACAGCCUGCACGGGGAUGAAUGACUUCAGCAGCCGCUCCCACGCCAUCUUCACCAUCACCUUCACUCAGGCAUGGUUUGAUGAAGAGCUGCCGCGUGAGACGCUGAGUAAGAUCCACCUGGUGGACCUGGCAGGCAGCGAGAGAGCCGGCGCCACCCGCACCACAGGCACCAGGCUGAAGGAAGGGGCCAACAUUAACAAAUCUCUGGUCACCUUGGGCAGCGUGAUCUCCGCUCUGGCUGACCUUGGCCUGGGAGGACAGACGAACAAAAAGAAGCAGAUAUUCAUUCCCUACAGAGACUCUGCACUGACAUGGCUACUAAAAGACAGCCUGGGUGGAAACGCCGUGACUACUAUGAUAGCAACCGUUUCUCCCGCUGAUGUGAACUACACGGAGACCCUGAGCACCCUGCGUUACGCCUGCCGGGCUAAAAACAUAGUGAACACUCCCACGGUGAAUGAAGAAGGCAGCGUGAAGGUGAUCAGAGAGCUGCAGGCGGAGGUCACCAGACUCCGAAAGCUGCUGGAAGAAGCCACCCAGGUUUCUCGUGGGGAGCCGUCCUCCUCCGUGAAAGUAGAGGAGAAGCUGCGUCAGAAUGAAGCGAAGGUUGUGGCGCUGACCAAGGAGUGGACCAGCAAAUGGAUGGAGACUCAGAGUAUUCUGCAGGAGGAGGCCGUGGCUCUGAGGAAGGAGGGAAGUGGAGUGGUCUUGGAUUGCCAGUUACCUCAUCUGAUAGGCAUUGAUGAGAACCUGCUUAGCGCUGGAAUCAUCCUCUAUUAUUUGAAAGAGGGCAGGACUUUGAUUGGGAGCGAUGAAGCAUCAUGCAGUCAGGAUAUUGUGCUUCAUGGGCUCCUCCGCGAACACUGCGUGCUAGAGAACUGUGCUGGGGCCGUGACUCUGCUCCCUCAGGAUGGUGCACUGUGUUCAGUCAAUGGCUCUGUGGUCACAGAUCCCUGCCAGCUGAGUCAGGGUGCAAUCAUACAGCUAGGAGGAGGAACCAUAUUCCGGUUUAACCACCCGACUCAAGUUUCCCAGUUGAGAGGGAAAAAACAGUGCGGACAGCUGUCUGCCUUCAGGAUGUCUUUGGCUGACUUGUCAACAUCCGCCGCGAAUCCCUCCAAGGUGAUGCCGCCGAGUCCAAGACUUCUCAGACAGAUGGAUGUACUGGCUGCAGAGACAGACGAAUCCAAAUGCUCAAGCCUUUGUCUCGCCUCGACCCCUACAGAGAAGUUCAACUCUAUAGCCACACCUGGAAGACAUCCCGUCCCUCACUCUAGUUUUGAGUUGAACGGGGACACACUACUGGGUGGAGUAAGCAUCUGGGAUGGCCAGGAGCAAGAGAGGGACUUGUGUCAUAAAUCAGGGCCAGGGCUCAUGUCUGAGAGGCCGCAGAGGAAAGCUCGGAGUGGGGAAGGAGUUGCAAGUUAUAAGGGAGAGGAGGUUUGGUCAGGGAAUGCCAACCUCCAGCAGACAAGUGUCCUGGGCCCGGGUGAUGGAUGUGGCAUGAAGCCAGAGGGGAAUGCUAAUGAGAUCCAAGGUGUCGUGACUGACUGCUACAAGGGGAGACCUGGCUCUGGUGGGAGCUCAUUAGGCUGCAUGUCCCACCUGCAGAGCAAUGGAGGAGCUAGAACCAUGUCGGUCCUCCUCUCACAGACCAGUGCUCAUUCUCAGCUCGACCGAAAUCCUCUCAGCAGUCAGGCGGUGUCCUCUCCACCCAAAGAAACCGCCUCAGACUGCCAGUUCAGCUCUGGAGAGAUGGAUGAACCUGGAGUUUUAGAGGAGAUCCCAUGUGUGACAGAAACUACAGCAGCCACAGCUCAAAACUCAGGGCUGGGCUCUUUGCUCAGCAAAGUGUCUUGGCUUGUGCAGGAUGCAGGACGUCUCUUCUGGAGCUCUCCCUCAGUAUUGCAUCAAGUCAUGGAAGUAAGAUUAAACCCUGUUGGGACACGGUGGUCCAACCAAGUUGUUUCUCUGGUCAGGGAAAGUAAUGUCUUGUCUGUAGUGAAGGACAGCCAGGUCUUCUCUAUGGUUAGAGGGAGCUUUGUCUUCUCUCUGUUCAGGGAUAGUCACAUUUUUACCAUGGUGAAAGAACUACCCCUCAUACAGCACAUCCAGAUGAAUAUAACUCAAAACCUCCAGCCCGAUGAGGCAGCUCAGAUAAUUCAGGGCUACAUUAGUCCUAACAACAGAAAACUCACAGUUUUGACACCAAAACAAACCUUGAGCAAGGCAAAAGAAUCGCCACAUGAUGUUCAGCCAACACCAAAAAGGAACAGAAACAACAGCAUCAAUGAUCUUCAGUCACUGCAAAAGCAAGAUAUAGCUGAUGUUCACAAAAAUCAAGGAGAUGCAGAGGUGUUACCACCACCUGAAGAUCAGGAAUCUGAAAACUCAAAGACUGUCCCAAUUUUCAUUCAAACAUUGAUAGAAUUUCCCAGUUCCCUUUCGAACCUUCAAACCCUGUCGUUGCCAGACAUGGUGGAUGCUUUACAAUCCAUCAUUCCCACUUCAGUGCUCACCUCUCAGAAAAUUGUAGCUCUCCACUUUCUGAAUGUGUCUAAAUGCAGCCAACCCGAGGCCAAGCCUGCCCUCCUGAUCCUGAUGGAAUCUGGCCUCUACACCCUGACCACUCACUCUGGGCUGCUAGUUUUGUUCCAUCACCUCCCUUUGUUGCAGCUCAAGGAAAUGCGGAUAGGCUUAGCUGGCCACUGUUUGCGUUUGAUGGGCACUACAGAGGAGACCAUCCUGGGUGUCUACACCUACAGCCAGAAGCACACUAAAGAAUUGAUCUCAGCCAUACUUGAUAUCAUCUGCCCUUGGGACAGCAGGGUAUCACAGUAUCCUCUGCUCCAUGGAAACCUGAUGAAAAUGUCUCUAGACUGGCAGGUCUGCAUACCUGACCUGCUGCUCGAUGCAGGUUUAAAGGUUUGCUGUCAGUUUCAGAAGAGCCUUGCUGAUCUGGUUUAUCUUCUCCAUUGUAACAUGGUUCAAGAAUCAGUCGACCUGGGACAGGUGCAGCUGUUGCUGUACACAAGUGUAUCAGUGAACAUCAGCUCCCACAGUGAGCGUCUGGCCCAGUUUUUUCUUACAGAUACCCAUCUUGGUCUGGUGCAGGAGGACGCCGUCUUUCACUCAACUCCACACAGUGUCACCACAGCGCUUCGGCGUACCCAGUUCCAUGACCUCAUUCUUCGUCAGCGCUCAGAUGUUCGUUGCAUGCUGGUGCGUGGUGACGACGAGAGUGGAUCGGUCAGACUGGAUGUAAUCCUUGCAAAUGUGAGGUCCAGAGGUCACCCUGACGGCGUGACUAAGGCAGCUGCCCCGUCUGCACAUGCUUUGAAUUCAUCUCCGCACGCAGAAGUGUGGAAAUUAACUUUCAGUUGCUCCACUGAGGCCGCCUGCCUGAUUAAUCACUUGUCAAACGUCUGAUCAAGGACUGAACAGCCAGUAAUGAACGGCCCAGCUUGAAAACUCUCAGUCACAGGGUGCAAUGGCAAAAGUGCCUCUCAACUAGACGGUGAAAAGGACAACUUUGCUUUGAAACGACAGUGACCUGUUUAGAAGCUUCCGUAUUGAUUUGCUGUCAUUUUAGUAUUGUAUGGCCUUAGCACUUGAAUUCUUUCAUUUCAUUGUUGUUCAUCUUUUACUGUUUUUGUCACCAAGGUGUGGGUUGUUUUAAAUAAGAGGUUCAGUGUCUAAGCAUUGAGGAUUAAAAAAAAAAAAAAAGUAUGAUGCUGCCUCAUUUAACACUCGUAACGUUUUUGAAGAUUUUAAGAGUUUGACAUAAUCAUCUUACCAUCCUUGUUAUUUGUGUUGUACAUAUGUUUAUCAGUUUGUUGCAUUUCAAGUGUUUCAUAGAUGAAUAGAUCAACUGAAAUUAAUAUGUUUGUGAAAAUAAAAGCCAAGUCCACAGUU